GUCCGGCGCUCUCUCGCUUUCUUGAUUGGGCAAGAUGGCUCGUCAAUUGAAUCCGAACCAGCAAAAGCUCGCGGAGAAGCUGAUCAUCCUGAAUGAUCGAGGUGUCGGCAUCCUUACACGCAUUUACAACAUCAAGAAAGCAUGCGGUGAUACGAAAUCUAAACCGGGCUUCCUGUCAGAAAAGUCGCUAGAAUCUUCCAUUAAGUUCAUAGUCAAGCGCUUCCCAAACAUCGACAUUAAAGGACUGACCGCGAUCGCCAGCAUCAAAACGGAGAUCAUCAAGUCGCUUUCGCUUUACUAUUACACCUUCGUCGAUCUGCUGGAUUUCAAGGACAAUGUGUGCGAAAUACUGACUACGAUGGAUGCACUUCAGAUACAUCUGGAUAUAACGCUCAACUUCGAGCUGACAAAAAACUAUUUGGACCUCGUGACGACCUACGUGUCGCUCAUGAUUCUGCUAUCACGCGUGGAAGACAGAAAGGCGGUGCUGGGUCUGUUUAAUGCUGCGUACGAAAUGCAACACAGUCAGAGUGACCAAGCCUUCCCGCGACUUGGUCAAAUGAUUAUUGACUACGAUGUGCCGGUCAAGAAGCUGGCCGAUGAGUUUAUUCCUCAUCAGCGAUUGCUAUCGAGUGCGAUUAAUUCGCUCACCAAGAUCUACUCGAUGCGCAACCUGAGCGCAGAAAAGUGGCGCGAACUGCAAGUUCUGAGCCUGAUCGGAACGCCGGCGAUGCUGCUGAAGGCCACCAAAACGGACACUAUGUCGUGCGAGUACAUCUCGCUAGAAACCCUCGACCGGUGGGUGAUCUUCGGAUUGAUGCUCAACCACCAGUCGCUCGGGCAACCGGGUUUGAUAAGCAACAUGUGGGUUUCGGCCCUCGAUUCCAGCUGGGUGGUAGCGCUGUUCCGCGACGAGGUCAUCUAUAUUCAUCAGUACAUCCAGAGCAACUUCGAAGGUUUGAAGGGUUACGGAAAGCGCAUUUCGGAGGUGAAGGAGUGCUACAAUCAGGCCCUCCAGAAGGCCGCCCUGUUGCAUCGCGAACGACGCAAGUUCCUACGUACCGCUCUCAAGGAACUGGCGCUCAUCAUGACCGAUCAGCCAGGUUUGCUGGGUCCGAAGGCGCUGCUCGUGUUCAUCGGAUUAUGCUAUGCGCGCGAUGAAAUUCUUUGGUUGUUGCGCCACAACGACAACCCGCCGGUAGUGAAGAGUAAGGGUAAAUCGACCGAGGAUCUCGUCGAUCGUCACCUGCCGGAGCUAUUGUUUCACAUGGAAGAACUGCGGGCACUCGUGCGCAAGUACAGCCAGGUUAUGCAACGUUACUACGUACAAUACCUUUCCGGGUACGAUGCGAUCGACCUGAACUACCGGAUGCAGCAACUACAGGUGUGCCCCGAGGACGAGAGCAUCAUCCUGUCGUCACUCUACAAAACCGCUACCGGGCUUUCAGUGAAGCAGGUGGAAGACAACGAGGUUUUCGAUUUCCGUGCGUUCCGACUCGACUGGUUUCGGCUGCAAACUUUCAUGAGCGCCAAGUCCGCGGUUCGCAUCACAGAUUUCCCGGACUUGGCGCGCUUGCUGGACUCGAUGGUGUUUCACACCAAGAUGGUCGACUAUCUGGACGAGUCAUUGGUAGAAACGUCGGAUCUGUCGAUUUUUUGCUUCUACAACAAAAUGUUCGAAGACCAGUUUCACAUGUGUCUCGAGUUUCCGGCCCAGAACCGGUACAUCAUUGCGUUUCCGCUCAUUUGCAGCCACUUUCAAAAUUGCACACACGAGAUGUGCCCAGAGGAGCGACACCACAUCCGCGAACGAUCACUGUCGGUGGUCAAUAUGUUUCUCGACGAAAUGGCGAAAGAAGCGAAGAACAUAAUCACGACGAUUUGCGAUGAGCAGUGCAUGAUGGCCGACGCGCUCUUGCCAAAGCAUUGCGCCAAAAUAUUGUCGGCUUCGGCAAGCCGUAAAAAGAAGGACAAGAGCAAAAAACAUCUGGACGACAUCCGACGGCCGGGAGAAGAAAGUUAUCGCAAAACGCGCGAGCUGUUGACCACGAUGGAUAAGCUGCACAUGGCCCUCACCGAGCUCUGUUUCGCUAUCAACUACUGCCCCACGGUGAAUGUCUGGGAGUAUGCGUUUGCACCUCGUGAAUACCUUUGUCAGCAUCUGGAGACACGUUUUUCGCGCGCUCUCGUCGGCAUGGUCAUGUAUAGUGCCGAUACAUCGGAAAUCGCGAAACCAUCCGAAUUGUUGGCCUCGGUAAGGGCGUACAUGAAUGUGCUGCAGACCGUCGAGAACUACGUCCACAUCGACAUAACGCGCGUGUUCAACAACUGUUUGCUGCAGCAGACGCAGUCUCAGGACAGCCACGGCGAAAAGACGAUCGCCUCUCUCUACAACACUUGGUAUUCCGAUGCGCUGUUACGGAAGGUGAGCGGCGGAAACAUCGUAUUCUCGCUCAAUCAGAAAGCGUUCGUCUCGAUCACGCCCGAAGGGUACAUUCCGUUUAACCCGGAGGAGUUUUCCGACUUCAACGAACUGAGGGCGCUUGCGGAGUUGAUCGGUCCGUACGGUAUUCGGUUGUUGAACGAGUCGCUCAUGUGGCACAUUGCCAACCAGGUGCAGGAGCUGAAACGUCUUGUGGUACAAAACAAGGAGGUGUUGAUGAUCUUGCGUAGCAACUUCGACAAGCCGGAAAUCAUGAAAGAGCAAUUCAAGCGUUUGCAGCAAGUGGACAAUCUACUGCAGCGGAUGACGAUCAUCGGUGUAAUUCUAAGCUUCCGUCAGUUGGCACAGGAAGCCCUGGUUGAUGUGCUGGAACAGCGCGUGCCGUUUUUGCUCUCUUCUGUGAAGGAUUUCCAAGAGCACGUUCCUGGUGGGGAUCCGUUGAAAACCGUCUCCGAAAUGGCGUCGGCUGCGGGGCUCAAGUGCCGAGUGGAUCCUGCACUGUCGAGCGCCCUGAAAGCACAGAAACCAGAACCGGACGAGAGCGAUCACCUCAACAUAUGCCUGCUGAUGGUGUUUGUGGCGGUCAGCAUACCGAAGCUAGCCAAAAACGAAGCCUCUUUCUACCGGGCGUCACUGGAGGCACACACAAAUAACACGCACUGUAUGGCGGUUGCCAUCAAUAACAUAUUUGGCGCCAUGUUCACCAUUUGCGGCCAAAACGACAUUGAGGAUCGCAUGAAGGAGUUUCUUGCACUCGCUAGCUCGUCACUGCUGCGGCUGGGUCAGGAGUCGGACAAAGAGGCAAUCAAAAACCGCGAAUCCAUCUACCUGUUGCUUGAUCAAAUCGUACAAGAAUCACCGUUUCUUACGAUGGACCUGCUGGAGUCCUGCUUUCCGUAUGCACUUAUCCGUAACGCUUAUCAUGCUGUCUACAAGCAGGAACAGUUGAUGCAUUAAAACUAGGAUCGGCAGGACUUUUCUACUAGUACAGCCACCCCGAAACCGCCGCCUCAACUACGUCUGUAUGUGCGUUAAUUUAUUGGAUUUGUGGCUUAUAGUCUCCAUACUAUUUCGUUUACCUUAGCAAAGAUCGCGGAAGCUAGUGUAAUACGCAAUGCAAUGUGCGCGCACACAUUUGCUAGUGGUUAAGACUUAGGUUAGAAACUUCUUGCUAAAACUGUAUCAAACCUGUCUGGGAAAACAUUUAUUCAUAACUUCGAAGUGAAUUGUAAGAAGUUCGCAUUCUAUUCGAAAUAGUGUAUUCGUACAUCGCAUAUUUCUUGUUCAUCAUAACGAAAUAUACACCAAUAAUUAGAAC